AUGCAGGAUAAACCAGAUCAGUCUGAUGAAAUAAUAAGCGAACAGCACGAGUUCGAUGUGAUGUGGACAUCACAAAUGGUUCAAAAACGAAAAAAAUGGUAUGACGGCAGACUGAAAUUUUUUACGUUUAAUAAAAGGUCUAUACUCUACGACGAGUUCGGUCAUUUUGUUGCUGAUUAUUUUCUUAAUAGACACGUUAAUGAAGGCGACCAGCUAGUCUUUGAUAGCGUUCUUGUCAGUGUAGAAGCUAAGAGGGAGCUUGUAAUAAGAAACAUAGCGCCAGCCUUAGAGAGUCUUAGAAAGGAAUCAAGAGCCAAAGACAGAAGCAAAAAAGAUUCGGCGAACACGGAUGUCAGUUUAAAUUCCAGAGAUAGCACGACCACAAGACGAUCUCAAUUGGGUUUAGAAGCCUCAAACUCACGUACAUCAAGGGGUCCAUUUGGCAUAUUUUCAGGACCCCCUGCUAAUAUUAUCACAAAUGAUACAUUCAGGAGUGCCGAGAACUCUGCUCGCCCAUUUGUUCGGCCCACGACUUCGUUGGAUAUUCAGAAUAGCAACAAUCUUGCCCCAUCUCCUGGUACGAGUUCACCGCCAGUGGCCAUUUUGACUCCUCUCAAACCAGGACCCUCUUUAGGUUUGAAAAGAAGGCGUAUAUUGAAUAGUCCUAAAGGUCCUUCUCAGCCGGUAGUCAGUAACAAUAGUUCUAAUGUUAGAAUUCGUAAACUGACUGUCAACUAUGAAUCUGGGUCGAAUAAGAAUUUGGCCCAUUCCCGUGUGCUAGUUGAAAAUCGUGCCAGGGAUACUGUCGGAGGCACAACUCUGGAACAGAGACCUGAGCGGGGUCAUGCUCAGAUCUCGACUUCGGUGCAUGAGGUUGUGAGAGAGUCAAGUCCAGUACUAGUUAGAGAAGAAGUGGCACGAGCACCUCAGACAGGUAUAGAUGCAGUUACUACAUCAACGGGCAAAAUGCUUCCUCUGAGACGACGUCUUAUCUCAAUUCAGCAGAGUUCUACAACGAAUGACAGCAAUCACCAGAGGAUUCCUGUCAUUAAACGUAAUAGCCGAAGUCUUAUUUCUUUGCAGAGAAAUCAUCUCCCAGAAACGUCCCUGGCCCAUGAAUCAGCAAACGGCUCUAAAGAAUCAAAUAAUAGUGAGACCACUGAUUAUAUUACACCUGAGCUACAACUCCAACUCUCACAAGAUUUAGAUCACAUCAAAGAAGUAGCUAUUUCUCCAGAAGAUGAUCUAUAUUCUGAAGACGGGCUCAGUAUUGUAGAAAUGCAUAACAUGCUUAAUCGAGCAAAAUCGGUAGCCACAUCAACUUCUCAUCCUCUCUUAGGAAACACUUCCGAAUCAAGCUCACGCUCAACCACGGCUGUUAAUACUAUUGAUAUUGAAGCUCUUGAAAGUACUGGACCAUGGACUAAAGAAGCCCUUGACUUGUUUUCCUGGAGGCCGCCAGACUUGCCCAAAACAUGCUUGCAAUGA